AUGAUCGUCAAGAAAGGCGGAGCAUUUACCAGCUCUGUCUCUCUCAUCGAGGCUUUCUACUCAGCUCUCGCUUCCUCGCUCCAAAAACCAGAUAUAAAGUGUGCUCUUUUUAUUUGUAUGAGCCCUCGGAAAGCAACGCGCAUGUAUUGCCGGAGUGAGUGUGCUCACACACUCACACUCAUUCAAUCAUUACCGAACAACCGCACACUCAUAUCAUGCUCCAGCUCGUUUUUAUUCACCCUCUCGCUCCAACAAGUUUUCUUCUCUUCCAUUUCAUUCCCUUCUAGGCACUCACACUCGCACAAGUUUGCUUCAUCAGACUCACACUACCUCCCGGAUCACCAGGAGUGUACUAAUAAUUCAUCUUUAAUUUACUACUGUACUGAUAUAUUAAUCAAGCGAAAAAAUUUUUCUACUUUUUAA